UGCAAGCUGUUGCCACUACACUCCAUCGAAGAGAGAGUAAGCACACGGAAAUUGAAAAAAAAAAAAAAUUAAUUAAAAAUAAAAAGCGACACUUCAUUUCAAUUCUCAAGGUAGAGAAAAAGAAGACUAGAGAGAGGGACGGAGAUUGAAUCGCCGGUGAACUGAUAUUCCGGUGGCCGAUGGCAAUUGCAGCCGACCGCCACAAGUCGCAUAGAGAUAUGAAGCUGUUUAGGUUGUGUUCGUUUUGGCAAACAGGAAAUAAUUCCUGGUCUUCGUCUUCUACGCAGAACCUGCAUCAUAGUCACCCUGGUAAUAGCAGGCGCCACGGGGAAGUUCCUGGCAGCUCCAGGCCGUCUUCUUCUUUAACGAUGUCGUCUGUGGCCAGAUCGCUCUUUCCUCCUCGCCGUAGGCUCCGGCUCGAUCCUUCUAGCAAUCUCUAUUUCCCCUAUGAACCUGGUAAGCAGGUGAGGAGCGCCAUCGGGUUGAAAAAUACUAGCAAGUCUCAUGUUGCAUUUAAGUUUCAAACUACAGCACCAAAAAGUUGUUACAUGCGUCCUCCUGGGGGUAUCCUGGCUCCUGGAGAGAGCAUUAUUGCGACUGUGUUCAAGUUCGUGGAACAUCCAGAGAACAAUGAAAAGCAGCAAUUAGACCAGAAGAGCAAGGUUAAGUUUAAGAUAAUGAGUCUUAAGGUGAAAGCUGGAAUAGAUUAUGUCCCUGAGCUGUUCGAUGAGCAAAAGGAUCAAGUAACAGUUGAGAGGAUUUUGCGUGUGGUAUUUCUAGAUGUGGCACGCCCAAGUCCUGCCCUGGAGAAACUGAAACGUCAGUUAGCAGAAGCUGAGGCUGCCGUUGAAGCACGCAAGAAGCCUCCACCAGACACAGGUCCCCGUGUUGUUGGGGAGGGUCUUGUGAUAGAUGAAUGGAAAGAACGGAGGGAGAAGUACCUGGCUCGUCAACAAGUUGAAGCCGUAGAUUCUGUGUAAAAAAAUGCUGCUAGCUCCUGUUCUCAGUGCUUUUUCUCUGCCCAAACAGAAACUUUCUAGUAUGAGUACCUCAGUCCGGGUUUUGUAGUGAGGGAAAGUAGAAAGAUAAAUUGGCAGCCCGGGAUGUUAUUUAAAAAGAAGGAUCGUAUCUUGAAGCAAUUAUUUCCCAACAUACGAAUGUGAAAGUCAAGGUGAACCAGAGUUUGGGCUGAGUGUAUACCUGUAGAGGAUGGAUUUUACUUCAUUUUGAAAAAUAAGCCAAAGAUUUUAUGGGCAACGAGCUUAUUUGCAAACCCUAGUGGUUAGAAUUCAUGGGUUUUGGUGUUCAGGUUUGCAGCUCUUAUUUUCUUGACGUAUAACAUUUGGCCGAGAACGUACCCCUCAUGAAAUCCCCCCGUAGUGUAAAUCUGUGUGUUUUGGUGUCAUGAGUUUAACCUUAAAUGCACAGGACUGAAACGAUUCUUGUAUAAAUCUGUGUGUAUUCAUUCUGUCCGUUUGGUAUUUUGAA